ACGCAUGCCAGGUUUCUACACCGAUUUGCUAGAUUCCUUAUUGACGAAUAUGAUUUUUAAUUGUCUAAACAUUUCCCCCUACUUUCUCCUUCGUGCAAGCACGAAGUUGCAUAUUCGAGUGCACUCUCGAGGAUCGUCGUCGUCAUAAGAGUGGCACAUUUGAUGUCUUUUACGUGACAAGCCGUCACUCGCUCACUUCCCGGAUUUCUUGCACUCGCUCUCUUUUAGUUGCCCUGCCCUGCCUGGUGGCCUUUUGGUCUUCAAGGUAUAACAGCCAAGUUGCCCUAGUGCAGUGGCACACAGUUCAGGGCCAAAACCAUCUACACAAUUUCCACGGUCACUCAGUCAUUCACUCUACCAAUAUUUCAGUGGAGUUUAAUUGCUUGUCUUCAAGCGGCUAUCCCCUAACUGUUUGUUGUAUUAAUCACCGUUAACCAUUUUACGCCUUUUUCUCUCAGAUCCAGCUGGUCUGGUGCUGCACAAAUCAUAAUGCGGUGCACACUGGUCAAUCAUUUAACGGAUAAGCAGAUGCGCACUGGCCACCUGGAUUGCAGGGAAGAUUUGGCAAGAGUCCCCUCCUGCGUGUCCUCUGAUUGGCUUGUUGAUUUGGCUCUGCUCUCUCGCACACGGUCCACCUGUCUGUCUCCCUGCCUUUUCCCUUCCAUGCUGCUCUGCUUGUCUCUGGUCCCCCAGCGAGGCCCAAGUCAGUCCGCUUUUCCUGCUUCCUUUCGCGUGCGGUCCGUCCCCUCUCCUCUGCCUGUCUACCCGUCAUUUCUCUUCCCACACCACCAAAACGACUGAAGUUGAACUCGAUAUUUUCGCCUCGACGUUGUCCUAACCGACCAGGACCGACUUUAUCUUGCUCACCGGUACAUUCUUGCCACCCGACCCGUUUCAAGCUGUCUUAUCGUUCAGGGCGCAACUCCUUCCUCCAUACUCGUCCUUUUUCAUUCUCGCCCUUGCACCUAAUAAGGCCACGCACAUCUUGUCGCUAGAAUCAAUUCUCACCACGAGGACCCAAAGCUUCAAGACCAUACCACCCGACUACCAUUCGCUCACGUCGCGCGUCUCAUUCCCGCAUUGUUCGUCACUAACGGUGCUUAACAAACGCUCACCUGUGCAGUCUCGACGCCCUUGACACGACCACGACCCCGACCCCGACGAUUCUUCUCGCGACUUGACACCCAACGCGUCACUGCAGCUUGUCAGAAUCAAACGUCAAGUUCAUGACAAUUUAGGCCACGAGACUCUCACGGCGGCGCCAGUGUCUCGACGUGGACUCGACGCACUCGAGCGCGCUGAUCGAGUCCAUCGGGUCGGUCGCCCCAUCACCACACACCUUGCGCACGUCAUGCCCUCUCAACCGAGAAGUUAAACAGAACGCCCACCACCCCCGGGGAUCGCGAGGGUUUCCACUAGAUUAUGACAGAUAAGCUGCCGCCAUUGUCAACCAAACCAGUGUCUCUGAGCCAGAGCGCGCCUCCUAUCACUACCAUUGUCUCAGCCUAUGAUGUGUCACACAAGAUUGAGACCCAGGAGGAGGAGCCAUAUACCAUCAAGUGUAUAUGUAGCUACUCUGGCGAUGACGGAAACACCAUAUUUUGCGAGACUUGCGACACAUGGCAGCACAUCGAGUGCUUCUAUCCCGACAAUGUGCAAGACGCGCUGAGCGAAGGGUUUGCGCACUCCUGUGCAGACUGCAAGCCACGACCUCUUGAUCGGCAAAAAGCAGUUGAACAUCAAAAAUCUCGUCUCGAUAGCUUAAUGGUUGUCGACACGAUAUCCGAUAAGAAACCGAAGAGGCCACCGUCCAAAAGCCACAAGAAAAAGCCCAAACCGAACGACCUUCAAAUCAAUGGACACAACCCAACGGAACUAACAAAAAAUACCUCUUCACACGACCCUCCUCCACCUAAAAAGUCUAAAACAUCUCAUAAAUCAAAUCCUUCCGUUAGUUCUCAGGCCCCCAAGCGCAGCCCUCCUCAUGGCUCAAACCGUGCCACCUCGAAUACCCAUCCACCCAGUCCCGUUACCACACCACCCGAGCUACCUCAAGAUUUUGAGAUACACAACUACUCCCCAGGAUUUCUGGCCUCCCACAACCAGAAGGACGCCGAUACCGUCCAGACAAACUCUUUCGCUAGUCUGAACAUCUCAAAUACCAUGUCUCUUUGGCUUCGCGAACCAGCUAAAUUACGACAGGAGACAGGCCAGGAAUUCAGUGACGUUUUUCAGACGCUUCCGUCCAACAUAGACACUUUGAAGAGGCCACUACGUCUGGAAGUGAAGCAACUCUCACUGGCCCGAGAAACCGUCGCGCGCUGGCAGUAUUUGAUGACCCCAACCCCAGUGGCGAAGGAUGUGCCAUUAAUUGAGCUGAAUGGUUCGAUUGGCUUCCAAAAGGACUACUGCGCCGAUAAGCACAAUCGCUGGGACGAAUUUAGCUCACCUCUACCCUUUGUUUUCUUCCAUGAGAUGUUGCCUCUUUACAUCGACACAAGGCAGGAAGGCUCCCGCGCACGCUACGUUCGACGAAGUUGCAAGCCGAACGCAGUGCUGGACACGUUUCUUUCGGGAGGUUCCGAGUAUCACUUUUGGCUUGUCAGUGAUCGCUCGAUUGCAGCCAACGAGCAAAUCACCAUAGCCUGGGACUUUAGGUUUCCGAAUCCGCAGAAGGCUCGACUUCUCCAUCUCCUGGGGUUAGGGGACGACGACAACGGGCCUCAUGAGAAGCAAGAAAUGGACGAGACGGAGUACCGAUCACUCUCUGCCUGGAUGCACCUGAUGUUGUCCGAAUAUGGUGGUUGCGCUUGCGAGCUCGGCAGUAACUGCGCUUUCGUUCUCUUCCAUCGCAGCUAUCACGCCAGAAUGCAAGGCAAAGCAAACAAGAAGAAGUCGAGGAAGAGUAAAUCCCAUGCAGUCUCCCCACCCAGCACUGGCCACGCCACCAAUAGCAGAGCAGCUAGCGAAGGACACUUCGAGGAUGCGGCCGACGCCGAUGCGGCAUCCGCAUCGGGUUCUUCGCGAAGCAAGCCUCCCAGUCGAGAUUUAACACCAGCCCAGUCAACGCCAGCACCUCGCCAGGGUUCAUUCGACACUUUGGGAAUUCUUACUGAGCCAACAGAUCGGGACAAAAGAAAAGUUGCCAUGGUUGAAGAUUCGUUUCGCAGAAUGGAGCAGACGCAACCGCCACGCAAGAAGAAGCGUGUCUCUGACGGAUCAUCCUCUGCAACAAGUACCUCAAAGCCCAAGACGAAGUCGACAGGCGCACAGUCCAAUGGCGUUCAAUACUUCGAUGCUGGGACAUCAAGAAGCAAAUCCGGCUCGCCAACAGGUGCUGUAUCCCCUGGCACAUCGAGUUCAAGCAAGCCAUCGGGCGUAAGGCACGGUGUUCAGCCAAGCAAGCCCCACACCCGACCCCGGUCCCCCCCUCGGUACUGCAACGCGAGCGUGCAGACUGAGCCUGUCCGCGGGGAGUGGUAUAGCGAGCCUCCCGCACCGGCCAUUAGGCCCAGGCGAAGCAUAAUCUCUCUGUCCAAAAGGUUAUUGGAGAACAGGCAUAGGACAAGGCAAGAAGAUGAGAAGCGGAAAAAGCGGCAAUCUCUCGAUUCUCAAAGUGGUCCAUCCGAUACCGUAUCCGUCGAAUCUUCUACAGAACCAGUCAACGCCAGCGUUGCGCCCGAAAUACCCGAUGGUGUGUCCAGCGAGGCGUCGCAUGAUGAGCCAACGGUUGACGUAUCAAUGCCCGACGCACCACUUUCACCCACGUCCGCCAGGCCCACAACGUCAGUGUCAGCUCUUAGUAGCAGCGAAGCUCCGGAUACCGUGGCGACUAGCAGAAAACUGUCGAUUCCCGAAUUGAGGGUUCAAAUGCCUCCGCCAUCGAUACUACCCGGCUGUGCACCAGCCACCACGGUCACCAUAACACCCUUGCCAGCCCUUGGCUCUGUUGUACAAUCGCCUUUCUCGACCACUACAUUGCAAAGUCCAGCCCCAUUGAACUCUACCAGUGCGAAUGCAGCAAAUCCAAGUCCAAUCAAGAAGAAGCUGAGUCUCAGCGACUAUACCAAGAGUCGGAAGGCAGCCGCUGGCCGUCCCCCAAUAGGGAACAUGCUCAAGGCCUCGACGCCUGGUGGAGACGAGUCACGCUCUGCGACAAGCCUGGAUGCGACCUCGGCACCCGAUUCGCCUUUGAAUGACCGGGCUCUAGAGACUUUAGCACCAUCGCCAGAAGUUGCUGUCAGCGCAGCAGGGAUAUGAGCACCAGCUUUCACAUUGCCUCCAGUACUUCUUAUCUCGGUAUAGCGCCGUGAUAUACUUUCGACUUGUAUGUUUUGGACUGCUGCUUAUACGCGGUGAUUACAUUCCCGUUAUAUUAUUUUUGGAGGAGAUAUGGUGUAAGAACGGUGCCGGGGUUUGAGAUCUGUCGUCUCCUUUCGUCAAAUUCGACUGCCCGGUCUUGAUUCACGAUCUCCAGUCAAAACGUUGUCUUCUCUUUUGUCGUUUUUCUUUUUUCUCUUCCUUGAUCCUUUUUCUUCUCUCGUUGUGUUUUUUUUGUGCUUUUUAUUAGAUACCGGGCAGCUGCACAUUAGUUGGGUGCUAUUUUGCCAGUUUUAUUCAUUAUGUGGGCGGUUUUUGGGAGGUCUAUCGGUAUUUAAUGACUCCUGGAUGAAGUCUAAGAAAAGGAGAGCAUCCUGCCUUCUUGUCAGGUACUAGCCACAGUAGAGGUGGCUAGCAUUAUGUUGUACUGUUAGAGAGUGAGGAUGUCGGGUGACGACAGCCAAAAGUUGGAGUAUAUAAAGCUCCCCAGGGAUUGAUCACCAACCCUUUGUAAUAUGAUACGAAGAAGAUGUGAGCCGAUUCAUACAACUCGAUCUGUGAGUAACUCGACAAAA